AGUGGGUGAGCUUUGUACUUUUCUUACAACAAUACAAACAGUGUACAUUUAGAGCGAUACUAUACGUUCCGGAAUUAGUGUUUACUGUCCGUCGUCUCACAAAGCAAGGUUUGGACGAAAUAUAGCUAUCUGUUUAUGAAGUGUGGCACAAUGCUAGAAGACUACUCACCUGUUGCCCAGGCGCUGCUGGGCACUCUGUUCACUUGGGGCCUGACUGCUGCUGGAGCCGCGAUGGUAUUCAUCUUCUCCAGUCGACAGAAGCACGUCUUGGACGGAAGUUUAGGAUUUGCAGCAGGGGUAAUGUUGGCUGCUUCCUAUUGGUCUUUGCUGGCACCAGCAAUCGACAUGGCCGAGGAUUCUGGGAAGUACGGCUCAUUUGCCUUUCUUCCCGUGGCCAUUGGAUUCACACUUGGAGCAGCUUUUGUUUACUUUGCUGACGUCGCCUUGCCCUUGCUGGGUGUAUGUGCCGACCCCCACAUUGCCUUGGCCCUUGCUUCGGAAUCCAAGCUAGUCAAGGAGAAAGCAGAGGAUCAGUUUUAUCCAUUGUCUGAAUCCCAAGCCAUCAAGAUAGGUAGAGCUGGACCUCUCUCAGAGGAGGGUCUUCAGCUUCCCAGGAAGAGAGUAUCUCAUUGGGAUAGCUCAGAUGUUCAACAAACAGAGAGUAAACAUCCAGAAAUGGCUGGACGUUCAGGAAGCAGCUGGAGACGCAUCCUCCUACUCAUCCUCGCCAUCACUAUUCACAACAUCCCAGAGGGCUUGGCUGUGGGGGUUGGAUUUGGAGCAAUUGGAAAGACUUCAUCUGCUACUUUUGAGAGUGCAAGGAAUUUGGCUAUCGGUAUUGGUAUCCAGAAUUUCCCGGAAGGCCUCGCAGUGAGUUUGCCACUUCGAGGGUACGGGGUCUCAACAUGGAUGGCCUUCUGGUACGGCCAGCUCAGUGGCAUGGUUGAGCCCGUUGCUGGGAUGCUGGGCGCCGUCGCCGUGGUGUUGGCUGAGCCCCUGUUGCCAUACGCCCUGGCGUUUGCUGCUGGGGCGAUGGUUUACGUAGUGGUUGAUGACAUCAUACCUGAGGCUCAAGUCAGUGGGAACGGGAAGCUGGCAUCUUGGACAUCUAUCUUGGGCUUUGUAGUGAUGAUGUCACUAGAUGUGGGGCUGGGCUGAAUCACCGCGACGACCGGCAUCGCCUCAACAACAGAUGCCUCCAUAGCCAUCAUCACCACGACGCCGCUGACCCCAGUGUCAAAGAAUGGGACCAAAUCAAGUAUUACACAUUUUGACACUUUUCCACAGUACAGCAUGAACUCCUGGCGCCAUAGUAAACCUUCCUCACUGACUCAUCUAACUACACUGUGAUUGUGUGGCGGCUAUUUCUGCUUGACUGUUUGUUAUGCAAUGAAGACCUGAUAUCGCCACACUGUGACUAUUCUCUAUAUCCCGACCUCAUUGUCGUACAGUUAUGUCCACACGUAUUUGGACAGUGACUGAGAUUGUAUGGGUUUGCCUUUUACACCACCACAGUGGAUUUGAAAUCAAAACAUCUGCACCACAUAGACUUUCAGCUGCACGUUAGGAGCGUUUACAAAAAUAUCGCAUUUCACUUAUUUGAAAAUGACGGCCAUUUUAUGUACCUCCGUUUUCAGGGGUUCAAAUGUAUUUGACCAAAAUGGCAUAAGUGAGUACAGUGUUCCCUCGCUCUGUCGCGGUUCACCUUUCGUGUAUUCGCUGUUUGGCAGAAUUUUUUUAGUGCUUCUUUUUUUUAUUAUUACAGCGUAUAAACACUGUUACAGGCCGAGCCUGGCCCUUUAAGAAGAAUUGCAUUGUGGGAAAUUAAGUGUCUCUCUCUCUCUCUCUCUCUUCCCUCUCUGUCUGUCUGCGCCGCCCAUUGUUUUCUGCGUCCUGAUUGGCUGUAGACCAUUGUUAAUCAAUCUCCUUUGUGCCGCCCCGCUGUGUCCCCUGUGUCAUCCCUAGCAUGGUUGCUUGCUAGCUUGUAAAUGAAUCUUUACGCCCGGGACCACCAGCGAAUGGCGAAAAAACACUAGUAAUUAAUCCAGAACCCUCCCCUUGUCUCUUCAGUUGCCAUUGUUCACUCACGACACACUCACUAAUAUGCCUCAUUCAACGCAUUCCAAGUAUGAAAUGUAUAGGUACUCCAUACGUUCCGUUGCCAAACAAAGUUUUGCGUUUCAGCACACAACUAUGGUGCAUUCAAGGACCACCGAACAAAGUGCAAAAUCGAAAAAACACAAUCAAUGAAGCAUACAGGCAUAAACAUGUCAAAUUGUUGGUCUUUCUAACAGUGGUAUGUGUAUGCUGUACAUUUUAUCUGUGUUAUCACGUAUUUAUAAAUUAGCGCCCACUAAUGGCGUAUGCCUACGGGAUGUGUUUUUUGCAGAAAAAAAAGGGGAUAAAUAAAAAAGUCUAGAUUAUUUUUUGACCAAAAAUCUGCCAUUGUGCAUGGAUCCACUGUAUACAAUAAGUUACAUGGUUUCUUUACAUGGUUUCAGACAAGUGCAAAAGUAACACAGUGUGAAUUAUUAUUUACUUUUUUGUAACUUGAAGUAAGACAUUAAUAUUUCCAGCUUGUGUGAGGCAUGCGUUGGAUCAUCCUUAUGCAUUCUUUAGAUACCGGACAUCCAAGUCGACCAUAGAGUCUUAUUCCAGCGCUUGGAAGACAAUUUAGACAUGUUUAAUCUGGUUUUCCGAUGCAUGAAUGUUCCAAGUAGUUGGCACUUUGUUUAAAGCCGCUGUGUUUAUAUUGAUGAAGGCAUCUUUUUACUGUAGUUGUGGACACGUCUGUGUAGGCUCUCAGUCGUACAGGAGUUGUCCAUCGAGGAAAAGGCUUCUUGAGACGUCAUCUGUACUUCUGUGAAGAAGGUGUCGGACGUUUCGCUCCUCAUUCGAAGAGCUUCGUCAGUGAACUAAUAAGUGCUGGUAGCUUAGGCCUUAAAUACAGUAAGAGUGGGCGGAAUUGGUGUGCCAACACCCUCCUCCUAUUGGUUCCUUACACUAAGCCUGGGCGGAGUAGUGGUAUAAUCCUAUCCUGUUAUUAACACCUCCGAUAAAAGGGAAGUGUCGCUCCCUGAAUUGGGUAUGAACAACUCUGAUACUGGCUUAGUUCGCUGACGAAGCUCUUCGGAUGAGGAGAGAAACGUCCGACACCUUCUUCACAGAAGUACAGAUGACGUCUCAAGAAGCCUUUUCCUCGGUAGUUGUGGACAGUUUUGACAGCCGACCUUCUCCAUAGUAGUCUUGACUUUUGCUGAGCUUGCGAAACCAUUCUGUAAUUGUCCACUGAAGCUGCCUUGCAUGAAAAGCAACUCAAUACUUUUUUAAAGUAAUGUAAUAUAAUGCAAAAUUGAACAUUUGUAGGGCAUGCUUUGGAAGUUUGUGUUUAGGACCACUGACGUAUCGUAAUUUGACCCCGAAAAUGUCAGGAAAUAAGGAUAAUAAUAUAAUAAUAAUGAAAUAAUAAUAAUAAAACAAUGUAUUUUCUAAAGUAAUGAAAUGAAUUGAAAACAGGCAUAUCCUGCAUAAAAUACCAUAUUUUUUGUAAAACUUCUUAAAUUAAAGCUCCAUAUUUUAGCAAUUACUGAUCGUAAAUUCACUUCCUGUGUUUAAAUGGUAAUAUUUUCUAAUUGGAAGCGGGGGGAAAAAUGACAACGUGUCACGAUUGAUGGCUUAUAAGCAAUAAUAACAACAGAACAAUCCUUAUACACUCCUGAUUAAAAUCUUAAGACCAGUUAAAAAAUGGCUAGAAUUUGCAUUUUGCACAUUUGGAUCUUAAUGAGGUUUUAAGUGGAGCUACAAUAUGCAAAAACAGAAGGGGGAGUGAGAUAAAAAGCAUUUUGAAAAAGUAAUUUAUUGAAAACAACAAUUAAACUGAAAUAUGCUGUUUAACAGCUGAUCAAAAGUUUAAGACCAAAGGCUAUAAAAGCCAAAACUGCUCAAAAUGUUCAUUUUCUGUCAGGCAUUCACAUGGUCAUGCCCUCCUGAUGGCUAAAGCUAAGAAGCUUUCUCUUUUUGAACGUGGUGGGAUUGUUGAGCUGCAUAAGCAAGGCCUCUCGCAGCGUGCCAUUGCUGCUGAGGUUGGGUGCAGUAAAUCAGUCAUUCUAAAUUUUUGUAAAGAUCCUGAGCAUUAUAGAACAAAAAAGUCAAGUGGUAGACCCAAAAAAAAUCACACGAUUGGCUGUCCAUCAAGACACAGGGCGGUCUUCCACCCAAAUUAAGGCCCCAACUGGUGCCGACUGCAGCGCAAUAACCAUCAGACGGCAUCUGCGGGAAAAGGUUUUAACAAACAAAAAACGAAUUCAAAGACCUCAUCUCCUUCAACGCCACAAAACUGCCCGUUUAGACUUUGCCAGGGAGCAUCAAACAUGGGACAUUGAAAGGUGGAAAAAAGUUUUAUUCUCUGACAAGAAAAAAUGUGACCUUGACGGUCCAGUUGGCUUCCAACAUUACUGGCAUGACAAGGAGAUCCCACCUGAGAUGUUUUCUACCCGGCACAGUGGAGGGGGGUCCAUCAUGGUCUGGGGUGCUUUUUCAUUCAGUGGAACACAGGAGCUUCAGGUGGUGCAGGGUCGUCAAACGGCGGCUGCUUACAUGCAGAUGUUGCAGCGGGCAUCCCUCAUGACUGAGGGUCCUCGUCUGUGUGGUAACAGCUGGGUUUUUCAACAGGACAACGCUGCAGUUCACAAUGCUGACUUGACCAAGGACUUCUUCAGGGAGAAUAACAUCACUCUUUUGGACCAUCCUGCAUGUUCCCCUCAUUUAAAUCCCAUAGAGAACAUUUGGGGAUGGAUGGCAAGGGAAGUUUAUAAAAAUGGCCAUCAGUUCCAGACAGUUGAUGCCCUUCGUGACGCCAUCUUCACCACUUGGAGCAAUGUUCCCACUAGCCUCCUGGAAACACUCGCAUCAAGCAUGCCCAAACCCAUUUUUGAAGUGAUGAACAAGAACGGUGGAGCUACUCAUUACUGAGUCCUACAGACAACAUUUUUUGUUCUGGUUUGGAGAGUUUUUUGUCAUUUUUUCAGCGAUGGUCUUAAACUUUUGAUCAGCUGAUAAACAGCUUUCAGUUUUCAAUAAAUUACUUUUUCAAAAUGCUUUUUGUCUCACUCCCCUUUCUUGUUUUUGCAUAUUGUAGCUCUACUUAAAACCUCAUUAAGAUCCAAACGUGCAAAAUGCAAAUUCUAGCAAUUUUUCAACUGGUCUUAAGAUUUGAUCAGGAGUAUAUAAAUAAUAGUAACAAUAAAUCGCAAACGCAGUGAACUAAAUAACACAAACAUAACGUGUGAGUGUCAUAAUGGUGGUGGUGUACAGAGGCAAAAUGAAAAAGACAUACUUCCUGAUGUCCAAAUAUUUGCAGGCACAGUAUGGACCUAACUGUCAUUUAUUUGCUGUGCAGUGGAAAAGUACUCAUUCAUUCACAAACAUUACUACAAUGACUACUCCCUUUAUGUAGGAGCCUUCAAAAGCUCUUUAGUCAAUAUUUCCUUUAAACCAGAAGUCGUCCAUUCUUUUAAAAACUGUAUAAUUUACCUCAUGAUGGCAAUACUUGAAGUCUGUUUUUGUUCAGCAUAAACAGAAGCAGUUUGUUAUUUCUUUAAAGAAGGACUUAAUUCUCCAAGCUGUUUUCACGCAAUGCUGCAAUAUGCAGAUAUAAAUGGGACUUUGCAUGCUUUUUUGCCAAGAAGGGAUUUCACAAUUUGUUGUUUAUCCUUUUAUUCAUUACAACACGAAUGAAAACAAUUCGGCGCAUCUUUUCCAAAUAAAUAUAGUGCCUUUGUGUUUUUUUUAUGGGCUGUCAAAAUGCUACUGGUCUAAAUGAAUAUUGUCUGUUUUAAAAUGGUGAACUUGAUGAUGAUUUACAUAUGAAAUGUUUAACGAAACAGCCAAGUAAACAGGAUCAGUGUCAGAAUGAUUGGGAUUCAGUUGUUUUUUGGGGUUUUUUUUGCAUAUAAAAGAUUGAAUGGUGCUUUAAUCUUGGAGUACAAAUACACUUAAUUUAUGUAAAUUAAGCAAGCAGGCCAUAAUGGCAUCAAUUAUACUAUUUAAAUGCAGAUAAAUAAUGAAUAAAAAGGAUAAAUGAACAUUUAAGGUUGCUUUUACCUUCACUGAAGGCGUGACUGUUCCCAAA